AUGGCCUUAAACAGGCAUCUAGAUAAUGGAAUCAAGAAUGCACUUCAAAGCUUGAGAGCUAUGGCUUUGUUCAAUCCAAGCCCUUUAGAGAAGACAAUUACAGAAAUUAAGAGGUAUUUACAUGAAGUGUUCACCAUAAAGGACCUAGGUCCUGCAAGGUUCUUUUUGGGGUUGGAGAUUGGGAGAUUAGAUAAGGGAAUUACAGUCACACAAAGAAAAUAUACGAAAGGCAUAAUUGAAGAUGUUAAGCUGAAGGAAGCUAAAGCCACAACCACUCCUUUGCCUCUAGGAAUCAAGUUAACAAAGCAUGCAGAGGAGCAACUGUCCAGUCCUGAACCAUAUAGAAGAUUAUUGGGCAGAUUGUUGUAUCUGGGAAUAACCAGGCCUGACAUAUGUCACUCCCCACAGCAGCUUAGCCAGUUCAUGCAACAUCCAUGCAAUCAACAUUAG